GCAAAGCCCGUUCUCUCCCCGCUUGCCCCCUCUUUCUGGUCAGUGCUUACGAUGGAGACCACCGUCUAAGAACCGCAUACUGGUAACCGUGGAGACCGUAUACGCUCUCCUGACAGUGCGGGGGCCGGGGACAGCUCACGGAGUAUACCUCUCACUCGUUGGGUCCUUCGUGCACACGGUGCAGAACCCGCCUUCGGAGCGGCCGGGUUUCUCGGGGGGACGGUAAUUGUGGCCGGACGCGGUGGCGCGGCGGUUUAAUUCUCCGGCGGCGGCCGAGCGAGUGGAGAAGAAACGAGAUGGUCUUGACGGGGCUCAUCCGGAAACUCGGUCACCCCCUGGCCGAGAUCCGGGAGCGCGCGCUCAGGAGUAUUCUCUGCAAGCUCGAGCACAGCUUGGUCUGCGGCGCGGACCUGACUUCGCACAGGCUGCUGUUUCUCCACUUGCUGGAAUGGUUCAAUUUCCCGUCCGUCCCAAUGAAGGACGAGGUCCUGGGUCUGCUGAGCAGACUGGUUAAGUAUCCUCCAGCAGUGCAGCAUUUGGUUGAUCUUGGUGCCGUCGAAUUCUUAUCUAAACUUCGCCCUAAUGUGGAGCCGAAUCUGCAGGCGGAAAUUGAUGGCAUUCUGGAUGGACUUUUUAGUCUUCCUUCAGAAGCUCCUGAAAUGUAUUCUUCAUCUUAUCAGACCAGUCAAACUGAUUUGUUGCAACAACCUGAAAUCUUAACAGGAUAUUUUCCUCAAGACAAAAGUACUUUGCAGCAGAUGGAAGUACCUUCACGACCUGUGGCAGCAAAUCCAACCGCGAAGUGUUUGAAGUUUUCUACUUUCCCCUGGCUCCCCCUGACCGCAGCUGACAGACACGUUCUCUCGUCCAACGAAAGCUCUUUAAGAAGUAGUAACCAUACUGUAAUCUGGAACACCUGUGAACUGUUGAAAGACGUUAUCAUGCAGGAUUUUCCUGCUGAGAUAUUCCUUCAAAGGCCAAAAAUUGUUCAGAGCCUUUUAUCUCUGUUGAAACUGGCCUUUGGAGGAGACGGGAAGCAUCGUCUGGCAUUACAGUCAGUGUCCUGCCUGCAGCAGCUGUGCACGUGUUUAAGAAACAGACUCAAUUUCCACAGAGAUCCAAGUUUCUUCUCUAAUAAACAAGAUGCUGUGUCCCAGAACUCUUCCCUGUCUUACUGUCCUGAUGCCAGGGCGGCUCCGCAUUCCCAGAACCCGUCUCCCGGAAGCAGCAGCCCGCGGCCCUCCGUGGUGGGGCGCCCGGGCCAGCGGCCCCGGGGGGACGGCCAGGACUGGGACGCCGCGUCCUCCAGUGGGAAUAGCAGCCAUGCUCACGUCAGCUCGCGGGUCUCUGCCCCCUCGCCUCUGGACCUGGCGCCCGUGGACCUGCCGGAGCCGGCAGAGGGCGCGCUGGAGCUGCAGCUGCAGCAGCUGAGCCUGCCCCAGCUCUGCGCCGCCCUCCUGGAGGCCGCCGCGCCCCUCCUGAGGACAGGUAGUAGACAGAUGAUAGUAAGAGUUCUGGAGUUGCUCGCAGAAGUUGUGGUGCUUAUUGGUGAAGCGAUUUCAGCACAUCUGUGGGAUGACAGCAGUCUUUUUGCAAUAGAUAUGAAAGAGAAGCUGCUCAUGGUGUUGGCGUCCCUUGGAGACACCGUGUGCUACCAUAAAAGCAGCGUCAGUCUGGAGCAGCCGGAGGCGCUGGUCGUGCACCACAGGAUGGCCUUUGUCAGCAUCUCGCUGUUUGCCGUCCGGCUCCUGCAGACGCUGCUCCCUGUGGAAAAGGCAAGCCGCUUUUUACCGGAGCCUAUGUCAGCAGCAUUAUUUUUUAUUUCUUUGGACAUGCCUAUUUCUUUGGAAUAUCCAAACAUUCACGAAGCUGUUGUGGCCUAUUUGGAACAGCUGAAUUCUGAAAACUACAGUAUUUAUAAACGAACUGCAGAGGCCGCUUAUUCAAUUGAGUGUACCUGUAACUUCCUGUCUGAUGUUGGGAAGGAGGGAGAAAAGAAUCUCUUCGAGUUAGUGGAGCUUGCAGAUCAAGCCUUACGUAGCUUUUCCUACCAUCAGCAUUUCCCCCUAAUAAAGGAAGUCAUCUCCAUUUGUUCAAAAAUCUGGAAAUCUGUGCAGGCCAGUCCUUUACUACAAGGAGAAAGUCAGAAGGUGUUUCUGCGGAUGUUGUCUCACCCUUUGCUACAAGUAAAAGUUGAAACUUACCACUGCUGUCUGGAAAUUGUUAAGGAAUGUUUAGGCAUCCAUAAUAUCAGUAAACCUGUGUCUUCCCUUUGUAAUGGAAUUCAUUUUCUACUUCACCCAAAAGUUCUGUAUGAAAUCUCUGCAUUUGGCAUUCAAGACCCCAAAAAUGAGGUGAGCGCCGCGGCCAAGGCCAUCCUGGUGCACCUGCUGCAGGGCCGACUGAGGGUGACGGCGCCCACCUGGAACAAGUUCAUCGAGGCCCUGUGCCCCGUCAUCCCCGUGCUGCAGGGCUACGCCGACACUGAAGACCCUCUGGGGAACUGCAUCCUCCACCUCAGCAGAGAGAGUCCGGAGACUGACGAAGGGGUGCUCCCCUCUGCCACCCGGCUGAAGUCCAUGCUGCGGCUCCUGCUGGUGAAGAAGCCCUCGGUCCGGGUGCUGGCAUUAAAGCUCUUAGCAUCUCACCUCACAAGGGAAGAGGGGUCUGAGACCAAGCGCCCUUCAAUAGAUGCCAGAGUUCUCUCCAGAGUUACUAAUUUAUUUAUUGUGAAAAAACCUAUUGAACUCAAAUUGGAUGACCGAAGAGAACUGAUGAUUAAGUUGGAGACUGUUGAAAAGGUGUAUGAAAUCUUUGUCUCAGAUGAUAUUGAUCUUGUUUUGAGAAAGUCAGCCGCAGAGCAGUUAGUGGUGAUUAUGCAAGAUAUUAAAAUGCAUGCUGUGGUGAAAAAAUUGUGCCUAGUUGACAAGAUAAUUGAGUAUUUAAGUGAAUGUGUGGGUCAGGAUGGUGAGGUGGUGGAGUGUUUGAUUCAGCCGAGCCUCAUGCUCCUGAGGAAGGUCCUCUGUGCCGACCCGGUCCUGCGAGUUUCUCUGUCCCAGAAGACUUCUGUCCUGACCCUGCUCUUCAGAGUUUCCUUGAUAUUUCAUGAAGAUUGUACCAUUGUGACUGAAGUUGGAGCAUUGUUUUGUCUUCUGUUAUUUGAUGAAGUAUCAAGAAUGGAUAUGUGGUCUGAUAGUCCUUCCUGCACACCAUCUUCACCAUCAGUCUUCAGUCUGCCUGUUUCAGUUUCUAGAAGGUAUCAUCUACCAGUGCAUGUACUUGGCCACCAUGCCGUGAGUCCUUACUCCAUGGUUUUGCCAUUAUCUGCUGACUCUUUGGCCUUGAAGCCGGUAUCAGAUAUGCUGAGGAUGGCUUGGAACCUGUCGUGGUAUCACGGGAGUGACAAUGUGUUGAAGCAAGUGAACUCCGAAGCUGAAAUCCAGGAAUUUUUAGAUACACUGAAGUUAUCCACCGAGGACACUCUUACUCUGAAGAUGACUCACACACCUAGUGGACUCAAGGACUGUCUCUGCUCCAUCGUUCAGGCCACAGGCCACAGGGAAGUGAGGGCUGCCCUCACAAGGAUGAGUUUUUAUCUCCUAAAUGACAGACUGUCUUUCAAGAGCGGCACUGGCCCCUGUGGGGUUACCCUGAAGUCCUUGUCUUGGCACACCACACUAAACAGGUUUUUACAAGUUCUUCCUGCUUGCACUGAAGAUGAGAAGCUGUUAAUAGAUAUCAUACAUUUUCUCAGUAAGUUAUUGAAGGAACAAAGGAAAAACGUACCUGUAGAACUUCUAAACUGGCUUCUAGAAGUACUUCUUAGACAAAGUCCAAAUCCACUGUUGGACCUGCUGGUUCUGACAGAGUCCCAGACGCAAGAGGAAACAGAUGAUGUCCGCACUGCGGUCAGGCAGCAGCUCCAGAAAGAGCUGAUUGCUCUCUUUAGUACCUUGCUGCUCAGUUUUGAGGCUGUUACUGACAGGAAAUGCUUGGAGCUUUUUUACGUUUUCCAAACGCAGCUGGCCCUGAAACUCCUCCAGUGUCUGAGAGUCACGGACGCUCCUCACUUCUAUGGCCUGCCGUCUCUCGAGAGGACCUUGCGGGGGAUGGCCCACCUCACGGCGUGUCCGGGGUGGAGCGCACACUCUCCUCUGACAAAGCCACUCGACAUUUGUGGGAAAUACUUGUCAGGUCUCCUCGAAGUCAUCACAUCCUUCUACGUGGAGCGAGGAGGAAAUGCGAUGUCCUUCAUGGGAAAAGGUGUCACAAAGAGCACCGUUCUCUGCCUGCUCCACUUGUCGCAGGAGAUGAUGGCCCAGGCCCAGAGCUCGGAGUGGAUGUCACUUUGGUUCUUGCCUUUGGGGAGUCAGAGUGAAGACCAUGCUCCCACUCAGCAGGGAUUGGCUUGGCUGAUUCCGUUGUGGGUUGACCGAGACCCAGAGGUGAGGUUCACUUCGUUGGGAUUAGGAUCAGCACUAACCACCCUUGAAACUGGCUGUGUGGCCUUGGCAAACAGUUGUCAAAACAUUUCUGGUGGGCUCUGGGGAACGGUGGUGAACAUUCUUCUGGACCAGUCGGAAUGCAGCAUGGUGCGCCGGGAGGCUGCAUUUAUUUUUCAGAAUCUCCUUGUAAUUCCAAUGCCUUCAGUAAUUAUAAAGGAUUAUACUUGGCAGGGCCCCUGUGUCCAUGAUGAGGACUCUGGGCUGUCUCUCAUAGGAAAACCUGCCCUCCAGGCUCUUUUAUACCACUGCCAUUUUUAUGAACAUUUGAAUCAGAUGGUAAAACAUUGUUACCUGGGACGGUAUGCAUUUGAUUUCAGUUUUUCAGCUCUUAAUGGAGCUCCUGAAGGCAAUGAUUUAAAUGGUUUAGAUGACUCGUUCAAGUUCUGGAGGGCUCCAUCUCGAAUGUCCAGUCAAGAUCGAGAUCCAAGUUCUCUCUCUACCUCAGAAACAAUGGUGGCAGCUUCGUCGGGCAGUGCUGAAUUUCAGUCCCUCGUGCUCUCCAUGGUACCUCACCCUGAAGUCACACACGACCAGCUGGUGGCCCAAGGUCAGCGUGAAGCUGCGUCUCCACGGCUUCCUCCUGAUUCACCCCUCUCUGCUCCUCUGCCCAGGCAGUGUGUGUUUGUCACCCCGCCCCUCCUCUCCGCGGUGUGCAGCCUCCUGGACAGCCUCUUGGUGGCCACUCCAGGCGACACUGCGGGCGCUUUCCGACGAACCCGUCUCGUUGAGCUUCUCUGUAGCAUCGCAGAUGCCACCGUCCUAGAGACAAGCAUCCACGAGCUCCGGGCCUUGCUGCCCACGUCUGUUCCUGCUGAACACACUCAGGCUCAGGUGUCCUUUCUCCUGGAAUACUUGUCCUCCUUAUCCCGGCUCCUGCAGUCAUGUUUAUUGGUGGAUCCCGACCUUGUGAUUCAGGAUGAGCUUCUGAAACCUCUUAUCCCAAACAUCAUCCGAGUUCUCACCCUAUGCACCAAAGAUAUAUUAGAUGUAGAGUUAACGUCAGCUUUUUAUCAGACGUGGACUCAUCUGUUCAACUUUCUGGCCACACUGUUGAGGCGAGCUGGCCCUGCCUCUUUCCCAUCUGUUACCAUGGGUCUGGCCCGGUCCUGGGCAGCGGUGAUCGAUACAUUCUGCAGGUGUGCGCGUUUGUCUACCACAAGCCCCGCUCUGUACACUGCCAGCCUGCAGUUCCUUUCUGUUCUCUUGACCGAAGAAGCAAAAAGGCGUCUCCAGGAUGAGGAGAAAAGCUUAUGCCACAGUCCAACAGUGGCUUCACUUCUUGACAAAACCCAGGAUAGUCAGAACUCUCUAGAGCGACUUACUGAAGUCAUUCUUCAGUGCUAUGAAGGAAAAACCUCCAAAGAUGUCCUGAAGAGGGUCGCUGCGAACGCACUGAUGUCGCUUCUGGCCGUCAGCAGAAGAGCACAGAGACACGCGCUGAAGGCCCAUCUUGUAGACAGCUGCGUGGAGCAGAUGAAGCACAUUCAUGCACAGCUGAACCUGGGUUCUCUGAAGCCGGGGAGGGCAGCGCUGAAGAAAAAGGAGGAUGGUUUUAUUAAAGAAUUAAGCAUUGCCAUGCAGCUCCUAAGAAACUGUCUUUAUCAGAAUGAAGAAUGUAAAGGGGCGGCUCUGGAUGCUCACCUGGUCCCCGUCCUGCACGCUCUCUGGCCUUGGCUCUUGAUGGAUGACUCACUGAUGCAGGUUGCGCUGCAGCUGCUUUGUGUCUACACCGCAAAUUUCCCAAAUGGCUGCAGUUCCCUCUGUUGGUCAAGUUAUGGACAGCGUCCUGUUCAGGCCGCGCACCGAGGGGCCCCCGGCAGCUCCCUGAUGCUGUGUAUCCUGAAGAUGGCGUCCCAGGUGCCUCCAGAGAACAUGGCUGUUCAGCAGGCAGUGUUCAUGAUUCUUUCAAACCUGGCCUUGUCUCAUGACUGCAAAGGGGUAAUUCAGAAAAGUAACUUCCUGCAGAACUUUCUGUCUCUGACGUUGCCAAAAGGGGGAAACAAACAUCUGAGUAACCUGAGCGUGCUCUGGCUGAAGCUGCUGCUGAACAUGUCCUUCGAAGAAGACGGGCAGCAGGUGAUCCUGCGGCUGGAGGGCUGUCUAGACCUGCUCACGGAGAUGAGCAGGUUCAAGCACAAGAGCAGCCUCUCCAUCCCCCUUCUUAUUUUCCAUAACAUCUGCUUCAGUCCUGCCAACAAGCCCAAGAUCCUGGCUAAUGAGAAAGUCAUUAGUGUGCUCGCUGCCUGUCUGGAAAGUGAGAAUCAAAACGCUCAGAGGAUUGGAGCAGCCGCACUGUGGGCUCUCAUUCACAAUUACCAGAAGGCAAAAACAACUUUGAAAAAUCCAUCAAUAAAAAGAAGAGUGGAAGAAGCAUAUUCCUUAGCAAAGAAAACUUUCUCAGACUCAGAAGAAACCCCUCUAAGUGCCUAUUAUUUGAAAUGUCUUGAAAACCUUGUGCAGCAGCUUAACUCUUCAUGAACGCCCUGGGGUGCUCUGCCCCGAAGCAGGUGGCCACUGGACAGGUGAGCCAGCCUUGAAGCAAGUUGUGUGUAGACCCAUCCCGAAGACAUGCUAAGCCUCCGCAACAAAAGGUGUGGAGUCCUGGGAACACAAGCAGUCUUACCUUUUUCUAUACAAUGUGUUUUGUAAAAAUCUUAUUUAUCAGUUAUUUAAUAAAAUAUUUUUAGUAACUGAAAAUUGACUAACAAUUUCUGCUUGCAGGCUUUUAUCAGUCUCAUGAAUAUAAAUUUUAGGAAUGGA